CUAAUAUUACCAUGGCAACUAGCAAGCCCUUACCACAUGAACUUCUCAAGUGCAUACCGAGAUACGAUGGAACAGCUUACAAAUUACCUCAUUUCAUUUCAACUUGUGAAGAUUUACAGAGAGCUUAUUGUACAGAUCAUAUUGUAGAAAAGGAAGGUAAUCAUUGGCUUCUUUUUAAAACAGCUUUGUGCCACCUAGAAGGACCAGCGGAAGCUGUAGCCUACAACAAUAGUUGUUCAACACUAACAGAACUGAUAAAUAGCUUAAAACAGAACUUUGCAGACAAUAGGCCUGUUCCAGAAUUGAUAGCAGAAAUAUCAGCAAUGUGCUCAUUCAAUAGGGAACACCCGAUAGACUUUCUAAACAGACUAGAAGAAAAACGUACUCAUGUAAUAACAAAAUACAAAAUAGAUGGAGUGUCAGGAGAAUUGCUAACAAAUUUAAUACAUCAACUUAACGCAACACUAGUGAACACCUUUGUGCAUGGAGUCCAUCCCACGCUAGGAUCCCACUUGCAGGUGCUUCAAAUUCAAAAUCUAGAUGAUGCCAGAAGCAAAUUGAUAAAUGAUUGCAGCAUUGUACUGAACCAACUAAACCUAAACAGAACUGAAAACAGAUUUUUUCAAGCUUCAAAUACAUUUAGAACCCCAAACUAUGAGAGUAGUUAUCAAUCACAAAGCAGACAAAACAGAAACACCCAAAAUUUUUUUCAAAGCAGACAACGUCGAUUCCAAAACAAUGAGAGAUUUUAUCAACCGCACUUCCAACAACAGAGCUUCUACUCGCCACCAAGUAGCUCCCAACCUCACAACUUUCAACAAAGUUUUUCAAGUCCAAACUUUCAGCAACAAAGAAAUCUUCAACAACAAAAUUUCCAACAACGCUUCCCACAACAACAAAAUUUCCAACAACGUUUCCCACAACAACAAAACAGUAAUUUCAAACCAAGUACUCCGAUAAAUAACUCAUCAAACACAGUAUCCAUGCGCACUCAGCGAACGGAUCCAGUACAAAAAUUAAGGAAUUAUAAGUCUCCAUAUGAAGUCAACUAUCUGGAAGAAGACCACUUAGAUUGCCAGAGUAGUGAGUACACUCAGAACCCGAUUCAAAAUAUGCAAUCUCAACUUGACACUUUGACUGAAUCGCUGAACAAACUAACCGACCAUUUUUUAGGGUCAGGCCCCCGAUAUGCAACGGACCCACCCAGCGAUUCGACUUAAACAUCCUUAAUAAAUCGCUUCCUUACUUUGUAGAUCAGAAGGAUAGGAAAUGGCUCGUCGAUACCGGAUCUGCAAAGAACUAUGUUCAUCCUUCACUAGUCUCUCCUGGCGUAACUCGUCACAAAGAGGAUUUUAUUGUGAAAACUCCCGUUGGAGAAAGCACAGGGAAUGAGUAUGUGUUUUGUAAUAUAGAGAAUGUAUUUUCCAAACCUCAUAAGAUAAAACUGUAUAUAUUUGAUUUUUCGUCCAAGUAUGAUAUACUGCUUGGGAAUGAAACCAUGCGUGCAUAUAAAAUGCGAUUAAACUUUGAUAAUAAUAAGCUAGAAUAUAAGGAUGGAGAGAAAGAUUUGUUAUUUUUGUUCGAUAAUAAGAGUGUUAAAUUGCAACCAGGCUACAACGUGAUUUCGGUCCCGGUUAAGUCAGCCUCGGAUAUGACGUUAGGAAUAAUUAAAGAAGUAAAUGCAGAUAAAUAUAGAAUUGAAGAAGGACUUGUUAAUAUAGAUAGUAAUGAAUGUAUGUGUUUAGUUUUCGCCCAUGAACUUACGACCAUUUGUCCUGAGCCAAUGGAGGUUGAACAAGUAGAAACUAUAGUUGAUUGUACAGAUAUAAGUGAUUCAUGUAAAUCGAAAUUUUCUAAGCUUAUAAAUGACAUUCCAAAUCUUCUACGAACAGAUCAUAUGAAUGAGGAGGAAAGAGACAACAUCUUGAAAUUAGUAAAACAGUAUCCUGAAAUUGUAAAACUAGAAAACGAGAUAUCAAGUAGCAGGAACUUAAUGAAACAUAAGAUAAUUACUACAGAUGAAAAUCCAGUUUACACGAAAAAUUACCGGCAUCCCCAAAUCUUCCGAGAAGAUAUUCGAUUGGAAAUAGACAAACUUUUAAGGAACAAAAUAAUUCAACACUCAAACUCUCCCUACAACUCCCCGAUUUGGGUCGUACCCAAGAAAGCGGAUGCAUCAGGACAACGAAAGAUCAGAAUGGUUGUAGAUUUUCGAAAAUUGAAUAACAAGACUGUAGAUGAUAAGUAUCCCUUGCCCAACAUUGAGGACUUAUUUGGAAAGAUAGGACGUGCUACUUAUUUCUCUGCUAUCGACUUAGAAUCAGGAUUUCACCAGAU